CUUUAAAUCGAAAUGUUGUUGUCUUGUGGGGAUUUGGCUUGAGCCUCCAUUUCUGGCAAUAUUCCCUCAUGGGGUUUAGGUCUUGGAUCAGAGUGGAUUCCAUGUCGUGGAAAGUGGCUGCUUGCGCUGCCAUGGUGAGGUCGACCGCAUAUACACAUUUGCGUGACUUGUUUGGUGGUAUGCCGCUUGUGUAGACAUUGAAGAGCUUUGCUAAUAAUGUUUGAUCUCUUAUCCUGCACCCAAGGGUGUUAUAUUUGCACGUAAAAUGCUGAGAUGAUUAUUUGCAAACAGGUGCAGGUGAUGCUGGAGAGAUGUGUUAUCAGUCGAAACAGAUAUGUGUGAAGUCGAGUAUUGAUUUCCCGACAUAGUUUUUCAUCAGCACAUAUAAAAGUCACGCAGGGGCUGGAAUUGUAGCUGUGAUCGCAGAAGCUUCCACGAUGAGACUCAUUCUAGCCUUAGCUGCUCUCUGCAUAGUAGUGGUGUCUGCUGUGCCUCCUAAGGAAAAGUUUUUCUUCCUGGACGUUGGCGAGCUGUGUUUGGUGGGAACACAGUGCAAGAGUGGAUGUUGUAAGCGGGAAAAUCAGAUUGGCGCGCGCCGCUGUGCUGCUCUCUCCAGCGAGACCCAACUCUGCCAAUACGAUGGCAUCCGGGACGUGUACUACGAGUGUCCGUGCGAGUCCGGCCUCAAGUGCGACGUGGACCGCACCAUCGGUGGCAUCAUCGUCACCAACGAUAUCGGCGUCUGCAUCGACCCCAACGACCCGUGAGACAGCAGCAGCGGCAGCUCUUGACUCUGCUACAAGGACGAGCACUUGCAACAUUCUCGCAGACAAAGCCGCGUAAUCACCUGCAUACGGUUCACAUUUACACACGUCAGCAGCAUACGAGACCAGCACAUCGAAUGUGAGUGCAACAUUUGCUUUGUGAAAAACGUGCAACACCGUAGCCACGGUGACACCUAGCAGUGAGAUCGUAAACAUUGUGAACGUGAGACUGAGUUUUACAUUUAAGAACACUGAAACAAUGUCAGCAAUCGAAUGAGUUUUAAUACAUUCAACCUCAACCAAAGGCACAGAUCGCAUAUGAAAUAACACAAAUAGAAACGAUUGUUUGAUUGCCCAAAUAAAUCUCAUACAACUUG